AUGGCUGCCUUAAAAUCAAACUUACAUAUUCGCUCAAACAGCUUGCCUUCCAAAUCACAUCCACUUAUUGAAGAGUGCAAUGACCAUUUGAUCGGAUUAGGCGCUUCUCUAGCAACUUCAACAUCAUCAUCAUCAUCUUCCAUUGCCCACCAACUCAAUGGUCUUGUGGAUUUGCACCUUUGUGUUGAGAAGUUGCUUCAGUUACCCCUCACUCAACAUGCCAUUUCCCAAGGCCGCCAAGAGAAAUGGGUUGAUGAAUUAGUGGACGGAUCUCUUAGGCUCUUGGACAUGUGCAGUGCAGCCAAGGAUGCUAUUUUGCACACAAAGGAAUGCGCACGAGAUAUUCAAUCAACCAUGCGAAGAAAAGUUAGUCUUGAGAGUGAGAUUAGAAAAUACUCUGCCUCAAGGAAAGUAGUAAAAAAGGCAAUCCAAAAAGCCUUGAAAAGUGUGAAAGGUGUUGAAUCAAAAAACUCAGCAUCUCCUUCCACCAAAGAUAGUGACAUCGCAACUUUGGUUAGUGUUUUGAGAAAGGUGGAAGCUGUCACUCUUUCCGCAUUUGAGUCAUUGUUGUCCUUUAUUUCUGGACCAAAGACACAUUCUAAGCUUGGUGGCUGGUCUCUAGUUUCAAAGCUCGUGCAAAGCAAAAGAUUUGGCUGCCAUGAAGAUGUUGCAAAUGAAUUCGCAAAGGUGGACGAUGUCCUUUUGAGUCAGGAGACAAACAAAGCUAACCAAGCUAUGCUAGAGCUGAAAAAUCUCGAGAUGUGCGUUCAAGACUAUGAAGAAAAGCUAGAAUCUUUGUUCAGGCGUUUAAUCAAAACAAGAGUUUCCCUUCUCAACAUCCACAACAACUAG